AUGAUCCGCACUCCUUCCCUCCUCCGCCGUCCCUUCUUCUCCUCCUCCUCUUCCCCGCCGCCGCCCAGUUCCUCCUGCAUCCUCCCUCCUCCUUCGCUUCUCCGCCCUCACCUCAUUUCCACUCCAAUCUCUCUCCGCUGCUCCGCCGCUGACUCACGCUCGCCGCCGAAUCGAGAAAUGGCUACAGCUGACAACCAGCAGGAUCCUCGCCUCGCCGGAAUCGCUUCCGCGAUUCGAGUUAUUCCUGACUUCCCCAAAGCAGGAAUUAUGUUUCAGGAUAUAACGACGCUGCUUCUUGACGUGAAGGCGUUCAGGGACACUAUCGACUUGUUCGUCGACCGGUACAAGGACAAAGGCAUCUCCGUCGUCGCUGGUAUUGAAGCAAGGGGGUUCAUAUUUGGCCCUCCAAUUGCAUUGGCCAUUGGCGCGAAGUUUGUCCCGUUGAGGAAGCCCAAGAAGCUACCUGGAGAGGUUAUAUCGGAAGAGUACUCUCUGGAAUAUGGCACAGACAAGAUAGAAAUGCAUGUUGGUGCUGUACAAGCUGGUGAACGUGCACUGAUAGUUGAUGAUCUCAUAGCAACUGGUGGGACAUUGAAUGCUGCAAUCAGGCUCCUAGAGCGUGUUGGGGUUGAAGUUCAUGAGUGCGCUUGUCUCAUGGAGCUGCCUGAGCUGAAGGGUCGUGAUCGUCUGGGAGACAAGCCUUUGUUUGUCCUUGUGCAAUCUUCUGUUGAUGCACAUGAUUAUCAUUAG